AAUAUUUAGAGACCUAAUUAACAUUGUCAAGCUAGGCACAUACUUGAUCAGUUUAAGGUUGAUCAGUAGAGUUGUAUAGAUUUCUUAUCGGAUUUUUUAACCCUUACUGGGUGUUCUGGGGAACAACUAGAUAACGAUGACGACGAGCAAGUACAGCAUUGGGCAAUUUGCGGAUACGACACUAACAAAGGUGUUUGUCGGAGGGCUAGCAUGGGAGACUCCGAAGGAGGCCAUGAGAGAGCACUUUGAUAAGUACGGUGAGAUAUUGGAGGCUGUGAUCAUCUCCGAUAAGGCCACGGGCAGAUCCAAGGGCUACGGAUUCGUGACGUUCAAGGAGGCUGAAGCAGCUAAGAAGGCUUGCGAGGACGCCACGCCCAUCAUCAACGGACGCCGAGCUAACUGCAACCUGGCUUCGCUCGGAGCUCGGCGCCCAAGGUCGGCUUCCACCAGCCCUUCUCAUCAAGGAUCCAACGGUGGAGCAACGCCUCUACCGGCAAAUUAUCAGGUGCAGUGGUACUACCCGGCGGGGACACCGCCGUCGCCCUUUCAUCAUCAUCGACCGGCCGUUCCUUUCUAUGGGUACUCUCCCAGCUAUAUUGCUACAGAUAUCAGUUACAAUCAUAAGUUAAGCUACGCCGGCGGGAACUAUAUCAUGAAUGGGCGUUUUCCGGGCCAUGUGUAUCCUGCUCAACCUAUUGUGGGUGGCAACGCAUGGAUGCCUAUGUACCCCUCUUACAAUUACCAUCAAUCACAAACAAUGGGCCUACCUAAUGCCCAUAUCUUCAGUACUGCAUCAGCGGCGGGCCCCAUGAACGGUGCUGUCCCUGCCAUCAUGUCCAAACCAGCAGCAAUUGGUCCUAACGUCACAGUUUGCUUGGCUGUGGAAUAGGUAAAGUUGGCGCAGGUGAGAGCAAUAACAAAGGGAUCGAAUUAAGGUGGUGGCUGCUCAGAACAACAGUAUACGAUCUGAUCUGUUGUGGCUGUUCUUGAUCUUUUCAAGUUUUCGUUUUAAUUUUUAAAAUUGUUGUUCUUAUUCUUAUAAUUAGGUGCUUGAUAAGAUUCUUUCAUUCUCAAAUUCUAUCUAACAACUCAGCUUGGCCUGUAAACCAUUUAAAAAAUAUAACCAGUUAAAGUCCAUGCGUUAUCUGUAAUAUGCCCAUAUAAUCUUGUGCAUGGGUUUUUCA